GUUAUUUUGUGGGCAUUAGUAACUGAUCCAACACGGUCGCUUACAUCGUUUUAUCAGACAACUGGGUCACUUAUACGUUUUGUGAGACAUCUAUCAUCCAAAUAAUGUAAUUUCUUGUAUUCUUAUGAACUAGGGAGAAAAGUUGUAAUUUCGUGAACCGACACAGUGAAUGAUUGCGUAUUGUCAAGCAGUCACGCAAACGAAGCGCGUGCAACUGAAAACACAAAAAAAUUGUUAAGAGGCACAACAAGUGAUAGUGACCCUUCAAGAUGGCGAUCAAUAUUCCUGGAUUAGUUUCUAUCAUCAUUUUCUACAUCAUUAUUAUGGUUGUGGGGAUAUGGGCCAGCCGAAAGAAGAAGACAUCUGGCGGUGAUCAAGAGAGUGAGGAGGUCAUGCUAGCGGGAAGAAAUAUAGGAGUUUUUGUUGGAAUUUUUACGAUGACAGCUACCUGGGUAGGAGGAGGUUACAUUAACGGAACAGCGGAGGCCAUGUUCAGUUUCGGUUUAGCGUGGUGUCAAGCUCCUUUUGGGUAUUCUCUUAGUCUUGCUCUUGGUGGUUUGAUAUUUGCCAAGAAGAUGCGGAGUCAAGGUUAUAUGACUAUGCUGGACCCAUUGCAGGAAAACUUUGGACCAAGAAUGGGAGGAUUACUCUUUCUUCCUGCUCUUUGUGGAGAGAUCUUCUGGUCAGCAGCUAUUCUUGCUGCACUUGGAGCCACUAUUAGUGUGAUCAUUGACAUCGAGAUCAACACAUCCAUCAUAGUAUCCUGCUGUAUUGCUGUAUUAUACACACUCUUCGGUGGCUUGUAUUCAGUCGCUUACACUGACGUCAUUCAGCUGUUUUGUAUCAUCAUCGGUUUGUGGUUGAGUAUCCCGUUCAGUUUCUUACACGAAGCUGUUGGUGACACGUCUUUAAAUUCGAUCGACUGGCUCGGGUCGGUGGAGCUGACCGAUGUUGGUGUGUACGUGGAUUACUGGUUGUUGUUAAUACUUGGAGGAAUUCCUUGGCAGGUUUAUUUCCAAAGAGUUCUAUCUGCUAAGAGUGCCUUUAAUGCUCAGAUACUUUCGUAUGUCGCUGCUGUCGGAUGCAUUUUUAUGGCCAUUCCUCCAAUGAUCAUUGGAGUAGUUGCUAAGGCAACAUUGUGGAACGAAACUGCAUAUGGGAUGCCAGUGACGCCGGAGAAGAGUUCGCUUGUGCUCCCCCUGGUGUUACAGUACCUUACUCCUACAGCAGUCUCAUUUUUCGGGCUCGGAGCUGUUUCUGCUGCUGUAAUGUCUUCAUCAGACUCUUCCGUUCUUAGCGCCAGUUCUAUGUUUGCCCACAACGUCUAUAAGCUGAUAUUUCGCCAAAAUGCAUCAGAACGAGAAGUAGUGUGGGUGAUUAGGAUUUCUAUUGUCGUUGUUGGAGCAUUAGCGACAGCCAUGGCGCUAACUGUCGGGUCCAUCAACGCUCUUUGGUACUUAUGCUCUGACCUUGUCUACGUCAUCUUGUUUCCUCAGUUGCUAUGUGUUGUCCAUCUCAAAAAGUACUGCAACACUUAUGGGUCAUUAAGUGCGUAUAUUGUAGGGCUUUUGCUUCGAGCUCUCGGUGGAGAGAGCAUUCUGGGACUCGAACCAGUUAUUCACUACCCAUUCUUUAGUGAAACCAGUGGUCAGCGAUUUCCUUUCAGGACUUUGUCUAUGUUGGCUAGUCUAGUGACCUUGUUGGUAAUUUCAAAAUUCACCAAGUGGGUAUUUGAAAUGGGUUAUCUUCCACAAAAACUGGAGAUCUUUCGCUGCGUGGUUAACUUUCCAAAAAGUAUCGACAAAGCAUGUACAUCGCUGAGUGAUCCAGUAACAGUACCAAAUGUCAGUACUGUCCGUACAGAAAUGAACGGUAAGGUCAAUUUGGCCGUAGACCUCAAAAGUGAAGAUAAGUUUAAGAUGGACGCAGACUAUCGCACUUCAUUGAAAUUGAAAGAAUCAUCUGUAUAAAACUGAAUUACAAACAAACUAGAAGCAUGUAUAGAAGGAAGUUGCGUUUUUUUACUGUUAUAACUGGCAACUUCGUUUCAUCCUUGUUUCUUUAUGACAUUCAGUGUUGUGUUUUACAUAUGAAAAACAACAUAUUUUAACAUUAAAUAGCAGAUUGUUUAGAAUUAUAAUCAAGUGUUUAUUUCAGUCUUCCUAAAGUCAUUUCCUAAACCAAAAGUAGUGAAAUUUAAAGUUGAGAGUAUCAAUAUAUCAAUUUGUUUCUAUCAUUUUGGGAUAAUUAUUUUUUAAAAAAUAGAAUAUGUGCACUUGAUAAGUCUAGUCUAAUAUUUAAGGAACAUUUCUUCAGGUCUUAGAUUCAUAAAUAAAUGUGAUCUUUUCUUUACUGUGUGUCAAUUACUAUACAGUUUAAAAGAACGUCUUUUUUUUAU